CGUCCCUCCCGCGCGCGCGCUCCGCGUCACCGCUCACGGGCCUGGCGCGCGGCGGCCGCGGCCGGACGGACACUCGGACCCGGCCGGACACUCGGACGCGGCCCCGCUCCUUCCCUUUCUCCCGCCCGUUGGCUCCGGCCCCGCCCGGCGACCCGGCUCGAGCGCGGCGGCGGCGGCGGCGGGUUCGUUUUUGUGUGUGGGGGGGGCGCGCGGCCUGGUGCGCGCGGCGGAUCCCGCCGCUCGCGUAGCGCGGCCGCCCGGGCUCGCUGAGGGGGAGGCCCGGGCUGGGGGGGGGCGGCGAACGCUCCCGGCGAGAGGAAGCGCCGCCGCCAUGAGCGUGGAGGCGUACGGCCCCAGCUCGCAGACCCUCACCUUCCUGGACACCGAGGAGGCCGAGCUGCUCGGCGCAGACACUCAGGGCUCCGAGUUCGAGUUCACCGACUUCACCCUCCCCAGCCAGACCCAGACCCCGCCCGGGCCCGGCCAGGCGGGGCCCGCACAGGGCCAGGGGCCCCCCGGCGCGGGGCAGGGAGCGCCGGGCCCGCUGGAAGCGCAGGUGAAUGGACCUGAUGGAAUCCUGCAGAAUGGRGCUGUGGAUGAAAAUGUGGCCAAGACCAGCCAGCUGCUGGCAGAGCUCAACUUUGAGGAGGAUGAGGAGGACACCUACUACACCAAGGAUCUCCCUGUGCACGCCUGCAGUUACUGUGGGAUCCAUGACCCUGCCUGUGUGGUUUACUGCAACACCAGCAAGAARUGGUUCUGCAACGGCCGUGGAAACACAUCUGGCAGCCACAUUGUGAACCACCUGGUGAGAGCCAAGUGCAAAGAGGUGACUCUGCACAAGGAUGGACCUCUGGGAGAGACUGUCCUGGAGUGCUACAACUGCGGCUGUCGCAACGUUUUCCUGCUGGGCUUCAUCCCAGCCAAGGCAGACUCCGUGGUGGUUCUGCUGUGCAGGCAGCCGUGUGCCAGCCAGAGCAGCCUGAAGGACAUCAACUGGGACAGCUCCCAGUGGCAGCCCCUGAUCCAGGACCGCUGCUUCCUUUCCUGGCUGGUGAAGAUUCCAUCCGAGCAGGAGCAGCUCAGGGCCCGCCAGAUCACAGCCCAGCAGAUCAACAAACUGGAGGAGCUCUGGAAGGAAAAUCCAUCUGCAACCCUGGAGGACUUGGAAAAGCCUGGUGUUGAUGAGGAGCCCCAGCAUGUCUUGCUUAGAUAUGAAGAUGCUUAUCAAUACCAAAAUAUAUUUGGUCCUCUGGUCAAGCUUGAGGCAGAUUAUGACAAGAAACUCAAGGAAUCUCAGACCCAAGAUAACAUCACAGUCAGGUGGGACCUGGGCCUGAACAAGAAGAGGAUUGCUUACUUCACUUUGCCAAAGACUGAUUCAGACAUGCGCCUCAUGCAAGGAGAUGAGAUCUGCCUGAGGUACAAGGGAGACCUGGCCCCCCUGUGGAAGGGAAUUGGGCACGUGAUCAAAGUUCCUGAUAGUUCUACAGAUUAUGGUGAUGAGAUAGCCAUCGAGCUGAGGAGCAGCGUUGGAGCCCCUGUGGARGUCACUCACAACUUCCAGGUGGAUUUUGUGUGGAAGUCGACGUCCUUUGACAGGAUGCAGAGUGCUCUGAAAACCUUUGCAGUGGAUGAGACCUCUGUGUCUGGCUACAUCUACCACAAGCUGCUGGGCCACGAGGUGGAGGAUGUGAUCAUCAAAUGCCAGCUGCCAAAGCGCUUCACGGCGCAGGGACUCCCUGACCUCAACCACUCUCAGGUGUAUGCUGUGAAAACUGUGCUGCAGCGUCCUCUGAGCCUUAUCCAGGGUCCCCCUGGCACUGGGAAAACGGUGACAUCGGCCACCAUCGUGUACCACCUGGCCAGGCAGGGCAAUGGGCCUGUGCUGGUGUGUGCCCCCAGUAACAUCGCUGUGGAUCAGCUGACAGAGAAGAUCCACCAGACUGGCCUCAAAGUGGUUCGCCUGUGUGCCAAGAGUCGCGAGGCCAUCGACUCGCCCGUGUCCUUCCUGGCACUGCACAACCAGAUCAGGAACAUGGACAGCAUGCCAGAGCUUCAGAAGCUGCAGCAGCUGAAGGAUGAGACCGGRGAGCUCUCGUCUGCGGAUGAGAAGCGUUACCGGGCGCUGAAGCGCACGGCGGAGCGGGAGCUGCUCAUGAAUGCAGAUGUSAUCUGCUGCACCUGCGUGGGAGCUGGGGAUCCCAGACUGGCCAAGAUGCAGUUCCGCUCCAUCCUGAUCGACGAGAGCACCCAGGCCACCGAGCCCGAGUGCAUGGUGCCCGUGGUGCUGGGGGCAAAGCAGCUGAUCCUGGUGGGUGACCACUGCCAGCUGGGGCCCGUGGUGAUGUGCAAGAAGGCGGCCAAGGCGGGGCUGUCGCAGUCGCUGUUCGAGCGCCUGGUGGUGCUGGGCAUCCGGCCCAUCCGGCUGCAGGUGCAGUACCGCAUGCACCCCGCGCUCAGCGCCUUCCCCUCCAACAUCUUCUACGAGGGCUCUCUGCAGAACGGCGUCACUGCAGCUGACAGGGUGAAAAAAGGCUUUGAUUUCCAGUGGCCCCAGCCUGACAAACCCAUGUUCUUCUACGUGACCCAGGGCCAGGAGGAGAUCGCCAGCUCAGGCACCUCUUACUUGAACAGGACCGAAGCUGCCAACGUGGAGAAGAUCACCACCAAACUGCUCAAAGCUGGCGCCAAGCCCGACCAGAUCGGCAUCAUCACUCCCUACGAGGGCCAGCGCUCCUACCUGGUGCAGUACAUGCAGUUCAGUGGCUCCCUGCACACCAAGCUCUACCAGGAAGUGGAAAUUGCCAGUGUGGAUGCYUUCCAGGGCAGGGAGAAGGAUUUCAUUAUCCUGUCCUGUGUCAGGGCCAACGAGCACCAGGGAAUCGGCUUCCUCAACGACCCCAGGAGGCUGAACGUGGCCCUGACGAGAGCCAGGUAUGGGGUGAUCAUCGUGGGCAAUCCCAAAGCCCUGUCCAAGCAGCCCCUCUGGAAUCACCUCCUCAAUUACUACAAGGAGCAGAAGGUGCUGGUGGAGGGACCCCUGAACAACCUCCGAGAGAGCCUSAUGCAGUUCAGCAAACCCCGCAAGCUGGUCAACACCAUCAACCCCGGUGCUCGUUUCAUGACCACUGCCAUGUAUGAUGCACGGGAGGCCAUCAUCCCAGGAUCUGUGUACGACCGCAGCAGCCAAGGGCGUCCAUCCAACAUGUACUUCCAGACCCACGACCAGAUUGGGAUGAUCAGUGCUGGUCCCAGCCACGUCACUGCCAUGAACAUUCCCAUCCCCUUCAACCUGGUCAUGCCCCCGAUGCCACCCCCGGGCUACUUUGGCCAGGCCAACGGGCCCGCUGCAGGCCGUGGGGCACCCAAAGGGAAGACRGGCCGUGGAGGGCGGCAGAAGAACCGCUUUGGGAUCCCCGGCACCAGCCAGUCCAACCUCCCCAACAGCCAGGCCAGCCAGGACGUGGUGUCCCAGCCCUUCUCGCAGGGCCCCCUGACUCAGGGCUAUAUCUCCAUGAGUCAGCCCUCUCAGAUGAGUCAGCCUGGGCUCUCCCAACCGGAAUUAUCCCAGGACAGUUACCUUGGUGAUGAGUUUAAAUCCCAGAUUGACGUGGCGCUGUCACAGGACUCAACUUACCAGGGAGAACGAGCAUAUCAACACGGUGGAGUGACGGGACUGUCACAGUAUUAGAGUGUUGAGGAAGAAGAGCUAAGCUUGUGUGGAGCUUAGUUCAUCAGCAUUUUAUUCUGGGUAAUAAAAAAAAUAAAAUAAAAUGGAUACCUGUUUUCCACUGCUAAAACUGAAGCACCACUGUGUGAGAGCAACAGGAGAAAGAAAGCAACCAACGGAGAGGAGAGAGAGAGAGAAAGGAGCGCGCGAGAGAGCCACUGCUAGAGCUCACUGAGACAAGGAGACUGACCGAGAGGAGAGAGAGCCCUGAAGGACUGGCUGGCGCCUCGUGGGAAGGAACUCACCCCAACAGGAUGCUCAGCUGAGUCCCUGCUCCCCCAGUCCCCCCAGCUCCGGAGAAGGGCCUUAAAAGCAGGUUUCACUUCAUUCCAUGACUUCUCUUUGCGAGCAGGGCAUUAACGUUUCAGAGCAGAUGGGGAGAGGAAAACCCUCAUCUCAGAGUUGGGCUCGUUUGUCAGGGGUAUUUUAGCAGUUCACGUUGUAGAAGCAGAGUAUCUGAGAGAGGGGGAAAAAGAGAGAAAAAGAGAGAGAGCAAGAGAGAGUCCCUGCCUGGGUGACAGCCAGCCAAGCAGAAAUCCAGCUGCUGCUCAACUCUGAGGUGCAGGUUUUGUUGUCCAACACUGGCUCUGAAAUUCGUGUGUCAUCGUGUCGCCCACAUUCUGAACGAGGUGGUUUUAAAAGAGAUUCUUUCAAAAGGAGCACUGAGUUUUUUAAGAAGUUUUGUCUCUGAAUUCUUAGUGGUGGACCUGGGAGAUUUAGAUCCUUGUUCUGAGAAGCUUAUAUUAAAAAAAAAAAAAAAAAAAAAAAAAAAAAAAAAAAAAAAAACAAAAAAAAAAAAAAAAAAAAACAAAAAAAAAAAAAAACCAAAAAAAAAAAAAGUUUCAAAAAUUAGAGCACCAACCUUGAGAACUUUCAGUGUGAUUUCAAGUUGCAGCAAUCAGCCUCUUCCUCCUACGUGGGAUAGCAGUUAGAGUGAGAGAGAGGAGCCUGCGUGCUCGAGCAGGAGGGUUUCAAAGUGUUUUCUGUAUGCUUUAAUUGGCAACUGUCUGGACUCUACUCUGUGAAAAACAGCCUUUCUGUCAGAUGAACUUUAUGCUUGAAAGGGGAUGGGUUCCUGUGCCCUUCGGCCCUGGAGGGAAGGUGCAGCCAGGCCUGCUUUGGUCCCCGCAGCUCGGGGAGGAGGAGUAGUGGAAAUUGGGGAUUAUUUUGGUUGGGAAGUAAAGACUCCACGGCAUCGCAGGAGCAGGGUGGACAAACGGACAAAGCAGGCAGSUGGUGGAAGGUGGCCUGAGAGACAGCUGGGUUCAGUUGGGAUUUAGGUCAGGCUUUGGGGUGGAGGGACAGCCUGAGGUGUGGCAGGGAGUGGCCACGGGGAGUCGGAGCUGAGAGCAGCCCCGAGGAGGAGCCACCCCCGCCCGGAGCUGUGCCCGAGGCUSGCAGGGCAGCGCUGGCAGCGUUUCCUUUGUGUCACACCAGAGAGAAUUGCCGGUCCCUGUUUGCAGCAGAUCCCUCAAUUGGAAUAACUCCACCUCCCGAUGGCCACAGCGCUAGAGCCUGACCCCGGAGCUGGGGCUGUGCAGCUGCAGUGGAGUUUGCUUUAUUCUCAAAGGGCUCCAGGCGUUUGUGUCUUUGUGGGGGAGCUCAGCAUCCCCCAGAUGUGAAUGUACCCAACAGCUCCAGCCCCGCUCAGAGCCGGGGUCGGGGAGCCCUUUCCUCCCUGUCCUCCCUGCAGCCCUCGCCCCUCCCUGCCCUGUGUUUGCCCCAGUGUGUCCCCCAGAGCAGACCUGGCAUGGGACACACCAACCCCGGGCCACCACCCCCCUCGGGGGAGCUCCAGAAACUGCAAAAACCGCAAAAAUAACAAAACCCAUUCUUUUCUCAUCCAAAGCCUCCAGAGUUUAGACUURUAAAACAGUGAAAGAAUGGAGACACAGGCCACCUUCCUUCCUUGUGAGAUGGACUGUUUUAUUUAUUAACAUUGCCGAAGGGCUUUUUAAUUUUUUUUCCUUCCGUAGGCUGCGUAGUGGCGUAGAUUUUUCCGAUAGGUUUAAGCUGGACCCCUCUGUGCRAAGCUAUCCAUGAGUAAUGUAGCCCCCUCACCCCUGAUUUCACUGCUGGGAAUGCUUGCCUCUGCUUUGUGCUGGUUUUUUCCUUUGUAGCAGUUAAAACUCUGAGUUUUACAAAUCCAGACAUCAGUGCUAGCACGGUGUUAAAGUUCUUUUUUUGGUUAAAUUUUUUUUUGUCUCAGUUUUGUUUUAAAACCUGUUUGUCAUCAAUWAAAAAAAAAAAAAAAUUAAUAAACAGCUCUUGCAUUCAAGGUG